CGAGGUUCGAGAUUCGAGAUGGAUUGAUGAAGUGAGAAUGGUGGGUGUGGUGAGAUGUAAUGUACCUACUGUGGUGCGCUGAGUGAUGCAGAUGUUAAUAUUACUCGUAACGGAAGAUCGUCCUUCCUCUUCACCGCAGCAGUGGUCUUAUGUGCAUUUUUCGAUAUGAGGAUGACGGAGAGAGUCCGAAGUGCCUCCUCGCCUUGGCAAACCGCACAACUUUGACGUCUUUAGGGAGGAACUCGUAGUGUACGAUGCAUGAAGAUGGCUAGAGGCCUCGCUUUUUUCUGGUGUUUGAAUGAAUAAUGCGAUUGUCAUGUCAGGCUGGGCUGAUGCAAUCCCAAUGCCCCGAUCCUCGGUCUGCAAAACAAGUCACGAUCACGAUCAGAUGUCUGGCUCCGAAACCAGACAUCGUGAAGGUUUGUUUUUCUUUCGGUGGUGGAGGCGCAACCGUAACGUUGCGGGAGGGUUUGGGGAUUUUCAGGUGAGCCUUCUCGCCUUCUGGGGCACAGCCUCAACGCUCUCGUGCCUUUCAGCAGUGGUUGAGGCCAAUGAUCUUUGGGUUCGUAUGUGGUGGAAACCAAUAACCGUCGGGUUUCCACAUGAUGAGGAGAGCCAGAGUCCGUGGGAUUGGAUGCGGCUCAGCACUGUGUAUAGUAUACUCAGUACUCAGCGAGGCAGAGGCAGUUUGCAUGUGGCGAGCGACGAGCAGGAAGCCAUCGAUGACCGGCAGCCAAAGCAAACCGUCCGUCCAUACCGUAAGUACAGUAGUCGAUCGUUCGUAUGAGGAAUGUCGAAAAUAAACAGAGCGGGAUUCGUCAAUGAUGAUGCUGCGCUUACCUCUUGCAGUGAAAGUGCGAUAUCGACUGUGGUGCCGGACCAUUCAGCAGUCGUGGCGGGCGAUGGUGGAUGAAAUGGUCAGACUCUUGAAUUCGCAUGCGAUCUUGG